AUGCUGGAUUUUCCUGAUGCACCCCCUCUUCCUUCGGUAGUAGCCAAGGAUCCGGAUAUCCUUAAAACUGUGGAUAAGAGACUCUCGUAUGAUAAAGGCUCAUCGCAAUGGCUUUUUGAGGUGAAUAAAGAUAAUACGUCAACAGAAUAUUACUAUAACUUCAUUCUUGAGAGAUGGAUACCAAAAACAGAAAACGAAGAUAGUGAUCGAAAAAGAAGUCAUGAGGAUGACGAAGAUACUAUUCAGGAAGAGGAAGAAGAAAAUAAGUUGGCUAUCAGAAAUUUGAAAAAGCAGAAGCUCAAAGAGAUGAAAGAACAAAUGAAUAAAUCUAAAACAGAUGGAAAUAUGAAUAAGUCUGGGUUUGAAAAUACGGGUAUUUAUAUAUCACAAUUACCCCAGGAUAUUACAAAAGAUGAACUAAAGGAAACUUUUAGUAAAUAUGGUUUAAUAUCAGAGGACUAUAAGACAGGUGAGCCACGAAUUAAAAUCUAUCAUAAUGAUGAUAAGCGUGAUGCAUUGAUAAUAUAUCAUGGCAAAGAGAGUGUUUCCUUGGCUAUCGAAAUGCUUGAUGACUCGUUUAUAAGGCCACCAUCUGGCAAGGAGCAGGAGAAGAUAAAAGUUCAACCAGCUGAGUUCAAAAAACCAGAUUCAGACAACACUAACGACAAGAAAAAAACACUCACUUAUGAAGAGAAAAAGUUGUUAAAUAAGAAAAAGGAAAUGAUGAAGAAAAAGCUAUCGAGUUGGGACGAUGAUGAAGCAGCUGUUCAAGGGGAGGAGCUGGAUAAGACGAAUAACAUCAAGAAGAGAAUCUGGGAUAAAAUCGUGGUUAUAGAGAAAAUGUUUCGGGUUGAAGAAUUUAAAAGUGAUCCGUUAUUAGAAAUGGAUUUGAAGGAGGAUAUUCAAGAAGAAUGCAAUAAACUUAAAAUAGGGAAUGAUGUCACGAAAAUUACUAUCUACGAUCUAAGCGGUAUAAUUACUGUUAAAUUCAACAACAGUGACCUGAGCUUAAAAUGCAUUGAAAGCUUCAGUGGAAGAUACUACGAUGGUCUUACACUCAAAGCUUAUCUCUACCAAGGUGAGAAAUUCCAAAAAACAAGCCCAGAAAAGGAUAAUGAAGAUGAACGACUUGAUAGUUUCGGCAACUGGUUAGAAAAGAAAUAA